AUGUCGAGAUUCCGUUGCGCUUAUGUAGUGCUUUUGAUGGCACUGUAUUGGAUGGUCGAACCCAUCAGUCUAUACGCCACUGCAUUAAUGCCGGUCGCUCUCUACCCAUUACUUAAUGUUAUCAGCACAUCUCAAGCGACAAAUAUGAUGUUUGUCGGGGGACUACUGAUGGCAAUAGCCAUAGAACACAGUAAUCUUCAUAAAAGGAUUGCAUUAAAAACACUUCUUCUCGUCGGCACGAGUGUUAACAGAAUAAUGUUUGGCAUAAUGAUGGUCACAAUGUUCCUCUCCAUGUGGAUCAGUAAUACGGCCACCACUGCAAUGAUGGUACCAAUUGUUGAAGCAAUGCUUAAAGAAUUAGAUAUCUUGAAGGAUAUCUUUAUCUGA